CUCAGCGCGGUGCGCCGGCGCAUUUGUCAACCAAACCUCGGCAAGACCAGUUUGAAACUACCCCAGUUUUUUAAUAUUUCCCGACCGUGAUAAAGUGAAGUGAUAGUUUUUGUUUUCGUGAUUAUUUUCGGAAAUUGCAACUAAAAAGAUGGCCCGAGUGUGUGUUAUCGGCGCAGGCGCAGCGGGACUGUGCGCGGCGCGUCACUUACUGUUCGAGCCCAGCGUUGGGCGCGUGGACAUUCUGGAACAAGCAGCCCAGCUUGGCGGCACCUGGGUGUACACUGAGGAUGUGGGCUACGAUGAUUUUGGGCUACCUAUACAUACCAGCAUGUAUAAAAGCUUGAGGACAAACCUCCCAAAAGAGAUCAUGGGCUUCCCAGAUUUCCCGGUUCCUGAAAGUGAGAAGUCAUAUCUACCCGCCAAGGAUAUGCUGGCAUUCCUUCAGUUAUACUCGGACAAACAUGGCGUUACUCCUCACAUAAAGUUCAGCCACCACGUCCAGAUGGUGAUCCCGAAGGCAGGUCCUAUGGGAGAGCUCUGGGACAUCACUUUCAAGGACCUGAAGACCGGGGAGUCGGAGACCAGGGAAUAUGAUUACGUGUUCGUCUGCAACGGACAUUACAACACUCCGUUCAUACCUAGCAUACCGGGGUUGAAGCAGUAUGAAGGCGACGUAAUGCACAGCCACGACUACCGAGUCCCGGAAAUCUUCGCCGGGAAGCGUGUCCUGGUAGUCGGAGCGGGUCCUUCAGGAAUGGACAUCGCUCUGGAGAUCACCUCCGUCACAGACCUGGUCAUCCUGUCGCACCACCUCAAGGAGAAACCGCAGACCGUCUUUCCAGAGAACCUGGUCCAGAAACCGGAUGUGAUGAAGCUGGAAGGAAGGAAAGCUGUGUUCCAGGAUGGCAGUGAAUAUGACGUGGAUGUAGUCUUCUUAUGUACAGGCUACCAGUACAACUUCCCGUUCCUUCACUCGUCGUGUGGGAUCGUGGUGGAGGAAAACUGCGUGGAGCCGCUCUACAAGCACCUCGUCAACAUCCACCACCCCUCUAUGUGCUUCAUUGGAGUCCCUUACUAUGUCUGCGCCUUCUCUAUGUUCGACUUACAGGUCCGGUUCUACGUGCGAUCAAUGAACGGCACCUUCAGCCUGCCGACGCCCGCCCAAAUGACUGAACACUGGGAGCAGGAGAAACAGGACCGGGCGUCCAGGGGUUACACCAAGCGGCAGGCGCAUAUGAUGGGGCCAGACCAGGCAGAGUACUACGUAUCGCUUUCGACCGAGUCUGGCGCCACGCCCCUACCGCCUGUGUUCACCAAGGUUCACAACGACAGUAGCCAGAAGUUUCUGGACGACCUCACGCAUUACAGAAACGACGUCUAUCGCAUCCUCGACGACUCUACAUUCAUUUGCUUCACUAAAACCUGCUAGCGUCGCGCAGGGCGCGGUACUCGUGCCAUUACUAUUUCUUAUCCAUAAAACAUAAUUCAUUAAUAUACAGAAGUCAGUGGGUAAUUAAGAUAAAAAUAUGACGCAAAUAUCGAGAAAUAAACAUUUAUUUAAUUAUGCAUUAUACAAUAAAGUUAUGACGAUUUACAAUUUGUUUAUCCUUAGAAGCAAUAUUCAGCCCCCCUAGUUUAGAUAGUUUACAAAUGUAGGUAGUAAGAAAAUAAACUUCAAACAAAACAUUUCACAUUUAUGGCAUUAUUAAUUUACGACACAUUACAAAGACUUGAUCUUGUGUCUUCGCUAAUUUAUAAAUAGGCAUUAUUAAAUCUUAGUUUGGACUUAAGCAGUUUAGCUACUUUUUUAUAACCAUCAGGUCUUAUAACCUCCCGUAGGCGUCCAUGGUAGGCACAACUGACAUUCUGAGCAAAUCAUUGCCUUACCUUUCUUGCUUUGAACAGAGGGAUAAUUACGUCUUCAAUUCCACACGUAGCGUUGUCGAACUCCUAUUUUCUUCUAGUUAAUUUCGUUGUAGCUACUGGUCUAGCACUCAUAUGGUAGUAUUGGUAGUUAUAGGCGAUUAUUGGUUCGAUACAAAGGAGUUCCUCAUCUCUCCAAAAUCCUACCACUGUAAAAUUGUGGGAAUUUUCGCGUUUCACUGCCACAGAGUGAAUAGCCCUCUCUCUGAAGCAGUCGGGUAAAAAUACAGUGUUUUUGUGUAAUGUAUUUUACCUAACUGCUAUGACAUUGAAAAUGUAUUCUAUAAAAACAAUGCAUUUAGCUCCAUUCUCAUUAGGGUGUCAUUCAAAAAAAUAAGAAAAAUACUUAUAUUUUCUCUCUUUGGGUGCAAAAUGCAGACAGGAUGAUGAUGACUUCUUGAAUUAUAA